GGUGCAUCGCCCUUUGAUGUGUGCUGAACUCUGAUCUGUUUGUUAUAAAACCCAGCAGGAGAGAAACGCGACCGUGGUUCAGCUCCGUGCUAAAAUGAGACCCUCAACAACAGCCACGCUUGCUGCGUCCCUGCUUUGCGCCGCGAUGGCACUGACUGCAGUUGAUGGACAAAUCCUGGCCAACAGUACUUGCCCUGGCAAUUGGACCGCCUCAGGGAACCGUUGUUUCCACUUACUUCCCAAUACCAUGAUUUGGUCUACAGCUCAGAAACAUUGUCAGAACAUGGGGGCCAACCUUGCAUCAGUGCACAACCAAAGCGACGUAGACUUGAUCCAGCACUUGGCAGGAAACCAGACCGCUGUGUGGAUCGGAGGCUCAUCUUGCCAACAGACAAAUGUGUGGUUCUGGUGGGACGGAACAAAAAUGGACUUUAGGAACUGGUGCCCAGGUCACCCAAAAGAAGACAAAGCAGAGGGGUGCUGUCUGUAUGCUUCUGUUAAAGAUGGAAAUUGCUGGGAAGAGAAGGCAUGCGACAACUUCCUCCCCUCCGCCUGUGUCAUGAAGCCUACUUAACUGCAGAAGUGCCGGGCACAGAGCCGUUGAGUGCAGAAAGAAUUGAAAUUCAGACAUUUGUGAAUACAUCGAACUUGUCAACAA